GGAACAGGCUUGGCUGCCCCGAUGCAGGGCGGGAGGGGGCGGCCGGGAAAGCACGUGAGGGCAGCCGGGCCGGAACCGGGCCUCCUCCCUUCUUCGGAAGCCUGGCCAGGAGGGGAGGACGGCAGGGGCAGGCUAGGUGGGGAAGGGGCAGCAGAGCGAGUGGACAAUGCUCAGAUGGGCCUCUGAGAGCAGAGCAGAGGUGACUUGGAACAGAGAGAGAGAGACAGACAGAGCUGUGUCCAGCUGGGUGCCGGGUCUGAAAGUGGAAGGGCCUGGGACCGACACACAGGGGGAGUGCAGGGACCCACGGAGGCCCACAGCCUGCCAGCCAGUUGCAGCAUCUGGGAAACAGAAGUCCCACUUGGCAACCCUCUGGACGCCUGGGGGUUCCUGCCCUGUUGUGUGACUUUUUAAAGAUUAGCUACAAAGGAAUAACAAAUCAGCCAGCCCUCCCUAUCCGUGAUCCAACCUAGUGCCCACAUUAGUGGGCACAGGUCACCUAGAAGACGCAGUAGAUAGGGCAGCGCUCCCCGCUCCCCAGUACUUAGGUGAUAGGGAGGAAUGGGGAGACCCAGCUCCCGAAGCUGAGCAGGGGCGGCCGCGCUGGAGCUGGGCAGCCACGGCAGCCUCACCCAGGAGCCUCGGAAUCCCUCGUUGCUGGUGGAGGCUGACAGCCCACCCAUCUGGCCUCCUCGCCUCAAGGAUGAGAAGACGGAGGCUGAGGGGGGCCACAGAGAGGAGACCGGGAUUCCAGGGAGCUUGGUCUCGUCCCUAGCCCCCUUUCUUCCCAUCAUUUCCCUACUACCCAUUAACAGCACCCCUAUGGCCCCUGAUGCCAGGCUCUCUGGUCUUCAAGACUCUGUGCUCCUGGCUAGUUCCCAUCUGUCCUUGAGGUUUAGCAGGGCUCUGGGAAGGACCCCCACCCCAGGUUGCACAGCUCCCACACCGACUGCAGUCUGUGACCUGCUGCUUCUUGCCUCCUGCCACACCAGGCUGUGAGCUCUGGAGUGGCCUGGCCGGACUCUUUAAGUCUGGGUCCCAGUGUGGCCCAUUCCAAGUGUCCGAUACAUAUUUAUGGAGUAAAUGAUGAGGCCUUGCCCACAUCACCUAGCCAGUCUAUGCAGAACCAGCCUAGACUCCAGAGUUCCUGAUUCCUGGGUCCCCAGCUCGUCCCCAGAGUUCCUGAUUCCUGGGUCCCCAGCUGCCUCCUGUGACUCGGGGCGCCUCCUUUGGUGUGAGGGUCUGACUUACUCUCUGGAGAUAGGUCACCUGGGUACUGUCCCGCCCCACUCCCUGCAGGGCCCUGCACUCAUCCUUGUUGGUUGGUCUGACUGGCUGGACAGGCUCUUGGUGGGGGAGCUGGGAAAUCCUGGUGCAGGAGUGCACCUGGGGAGGAGGGCUCCCAAGACAGUGAGGGGCCUUCCUGAGUCUAGACAUGUCACUCUCCUCUCCUGGUGCAAGGCUCAGAUGUGUAGUCUGCGGGCGUGUUUAUACGGAUGGUCCAAGGCUGCCCGGAAAAGGAAGACAUUCAGCGCAGCAUGCGCUGCUCAGGGCUGCUGCUCUUUCCGGGUCAAGGGAAUUGGGGGCUGGGACUGGACUCACCACUGAGCUCUUCAGUGCCUGAAGAACAUUUCCUGCCCUUCAAAAGGUUCCUGCUUCACAGGCAUCAAGGGAAGCCAUGGGAUGAGGUUGGGAAUCCUGGCUGACAGCAGCUCUCACUUGAAGAGGCCACAAGAGACCUCCUGCCCCAAGAGGAAGCCACCGGCCCCCUGAGUUUGGAGUACCCCGCUUCCCUCUCAUUUGCCUGGUAGACUCCUCAGUGUUCCUCAAGAGGCCGCUGAGAUGUUACCUUCUCCAGGACGUCUUCCUGAGUCUCCUCAGGAGCUCACGCGGGGCCUGUGUCUGCACAUCCAGGGAGACAGGAGAAGCCAGUGAACAUACCCUGGGCUGCCUCCACUGGGAGUCCACCGUGGAGACCUCCUGCUGUCAGGCUCAGGGCCUGGGCUGUGUGGUUAUGUCCCCUGUGCCUCCUUAUGCUAUCUCUCUGGGCCCUCUCCCGGCCCCUUCCCUCUCUGUGUGCUCACCGCUUACAUUUCACUCUUUAUCCUCUUGCUGGAUUAAGUCUGGAGCAGAGAUUUUGGAGGAAAAACACAGCCCGGACCAGUGAGCUUUUCCUUCCUUCCAGGGCUGGUAUAGUCUUGGGUCGUGCCCACCCGCUUCCUCCCUGACACCCACUGCUGCCCACAUCUCUCCCUGUCCCCUCAGCGCCUGCAUCUCUAAGGCACCCUGGGCUCCAGGUCUGUGCCCAAGGGCCCUGCCUGGCUCCUGAGUUGACUCUGGGUGACUGCAUUCCUGCAACCCCGUGACCACACAGGGGACAUUACACAUUCCUGGCCUGGCAGCCAAUGGUGUAAAAAAGAACAGAAUGUCCCAGGGCCCCGCCCAGCCUUCAGCUUCACCUGGGCCCCUCCCUGGUCUGGACAAGGUAGGGGAGGUAGUGAGGAGUCUGGAGGGAAGAGGAUGGACCAGGAGGGAGAGGCAGAGGGGCGCUCUGUGCUCCAGGGCCCAGUGGGGCCAGGAGGUGUUCCCACUUAUUGAGCAGGGAGGAACCUUGCAGAUACCCCUUCUUCUUCUACGAGACCUGGGGGUGAGGCUGACCCAUGGGUGCCUUUGGAAGGAGUCCCCAGGGAGGGGACCUAGCUCCUGGAAUCCCCCUUGGGGCUGCUUCCCCUUGAUCUCCUGCCAGGGAGGGGAGAGCCCUUUCAGGGCUGGCUCCCUCCCCUUCACCCUUGUCUCUCCUCCAGCUCUGCCCUCCAUCCUAUCCUCCUCCAUGAAUCUCCCUUUUUCUGCCUUCCCUGUUCUCCUGGUCUCUCCCACCUGAGUCCUCCUCAUCCAGGCUGGUUCUCUUUCUUUGCUUGGCCCUCCUGGCUUGGUGUUUAGGAUCCCUCUCCUUGUUCACGAUCUCUGGCCCUCCCCUGUCAAUCCGUCUCUGAUCUUUUCACCUGUCAGCCCCCCACCAUUACUCUUCAGGGGAGGCCUCUCGCCUUCUCCAGUCGCAGGACUCCCUGGGCACCUGCCCUCAGGAGCCCUCCUAUGUUUGGAGAACUCUCAGCUCAGACUCCUCCUUCGCCCCUCCCCCUGCCCUGCUCACCUUUAAUUGAGAUGCUAAUGAGGCUUCUGUCGCUUCCAUCCCAGCCGGGCAGGCGGGCUCCCCAGCCAGGCCGCUGCACCUGUCAGGCUCAUGAAAGGGGAGCAGCGUGAGGAGCAGGGGCUCGGCCCCGACCCCGCGGCCGCCCCGCAGCCCACGGAGGAGGAGGAGGCCCUGAUCGAGUUCCACCGCUCCUACCGAGACCUCUUCCAGUUCUUCUGCAACAACACCACCAUCCAUGGCGCCAUCCGCCUGGUGUGCUCCCAGCACAACCGCAUGAAGACGGUCUUCUGGGCGGUGCUGUGGCUCUGCACCUUCGGCAUGAUGUACUGGCAGUUCGGCCUGCUGUUCGCGGAGUACUUCAGCUACCCCGUCAGCCUCAACAUCAACCUCGACUCCGACAAGCUCGUCUUCCCCGCCGUCACUGUCUGCACCCUCAACCCCUACAGGUACACGCAAAUUAAAGGGGAGCUGGAGGAGCUGGACCGCAUCACGGAGCAGACGCUCUACGACCUGUACAAAUACAACUUCUCCAACACCCUGGAGGCCCAUCCCCGCGGUCGUCGCGACCUCCGGGAGACCUGGCCGCACCCCCUGCAGCGCCUGGCGGUCCCGGCCCCGCCCUCCGGGGCCCGCCAAGCCCGCAGCGCCGCCUCCAUUGUGCAGGACAACAACCCCCAAGUGGACAGGACGGACUGGAAGAUCGGCUUCCAGCAGUGCAACCAGAACAAAUCGGACUGCUUUUACCAGACUUACUCGUCAGGGGUGGAUGCAGUGAGGGAGUGGUACCGUUUCCACUACAUCAACAUUCUCUCGAGACUGCGGGACACUUCUCCGUCCCCGGGGGAGGACAUGCUGGACAACUUCAUCUUCGCCUGCCGCUUCAACCAGGCCUCCUGCAAUCAGGCGAAUUACUCUCACUUUCACCACCCUAUGUAUGGGAACUGCUACACUUUCAAUGGCAAGAACAGCUCUAACCUCUGGAUGUCUUCUAUGCCCGGGAUCAAAAAUGGUCUGUCCCUGAUGCUGCGCACAGAGCAGAAUGACUUCAUCCCGCUGCUGUCCACAGUGACUGGGGCCAGGGUAAUGGUGCACGGGCAGGACGAGCCUGCCUUCAUGGAUGACGGCGGCUUUAACUUGCGGCCUGGCGUGGAGACCUCCAUCAGCAUGAGGAAGGAAGCCCUGGACAGACUUGGGGGCAACUAUGGUGACUGUACCAAGAAUGGCAGUGAUGUCCCUGUGGAGAACCUUUAUCGUUCCAAGUAUACACAGCAGGUGUGUAUCCGCUCCUGCUUCCAGGAGAACAUGAUCAAGGAGUGUGGCUGUGCCUAUAUCUUCUACCCACUGCCCAAGAAUGCGGAGUUCUGUGACUACAGGAAGCAUCAUUCCUGGGGUUACUGUUACUAUAAGCUCCAGGAUGCCUUUUCCUCAGACCGCCUGGGCUGUUUCACCAAGUGCCGGAAGCCGUGCAGUGUGACCAGCUACGAGCUCUCUGCCGGUUAUGCACGAUGGCCCUCAGUGACAUCCCAGGACUGGAUCUUCCGGAUGCUAUCCCGACAGAACAAUUACACCAUCAACAACAAAAGAAAUGGGGUCGCCAAGCUCAACAUCUUCUUCAAGGAGCUGAAAUUCAAAACCAAUUCUGAGUCUCCCUCUGUCACGACGGUCACCCUCCUGUCCAACCUGGGCAGCCAGUGGAGCCUGUGGUUCGGCUCCUCGGUGCUGUCUGUGGUGGAGAUGGCGGAGCUCAUCUUCGACCUCCUGGUCAUCACAUUCCUCAUGCUGCUCCGGAGGUUCCGAAGCCGGUACUGGUCUCCAGGCCGAGGGGGCAGGGGUGCCCAGGAGGUGGCCUCCACUCCAGCUUCCUCCCUCCCCCCCCAUUUCUGCCCGCACUCCACAUCCCCCUCUUCAUCCCCACCGGGCCCUGCCACUUCCCCAGCCUUGACAGCCCCCCCACCUGCCUACGCCACGCUGGGCCCCUGCCCAUCUCCAUCCAGCUUGGUGAGGACUAGCUCCUCCACCUAUACCCUGGGGGAGCCCUGAGGGGGAAGGAGAGUGUCCCCCCUCCACCCGAGGCAGGCGCUUCCCCUGGUGGGAGGGGACCAGGCUUGGCAGGAUGAAAGAAAUUUGGGGGACUUCCUCUUAGAGCUGCCCAACUGCCUUUGGUGUGGGGGAGGGAAGCAGGAUGGAUAAGGGGCUACCGAAAUUGCCCAGCGAACAGGGACCAAGGAACCUGCCCAGAAUUGCCCCGUCUUCUGUCCUGUACCCUCUGGUCCUGCCUCUAGAAGACGCUGAUUUCCCUGCCCAAGCGCAAACAAGUCCGCUUUUCUCUUGGAUCAGCCAAGCCAAACUUGGAGCUUCGACAAGGAACCUUCCUAGGAAACCACUGCGACCGGAAACAAAACACAAGCAAGGGCACACAGAGGCAUGCACAUUUCCUACCCAAAGAUGACUGAAGCCAACCCCGGGCCUGGCCAUGCUGCUCUCCAGUGACAUGUUUGGUCCUCUUCUUGAACUUGAGUGGGGAACCCCACCCAAAAGCCCCCUUUGUUAGUUCUUGGGCAAUUCCCCUUCCCAGGGCAGGGGCCCGAGCAGACCGAUGUAGUAAAGGCUUGGCCAUUCCUAGUUGGCCCCAGGACUCUUCCAGCCUCAUCUGCCCCGCGCUCCCACAGAGCCAUACCCCAAUGCCUCUGUGUCCCUCAUACCUCUGCAUAUUUGCUCAAGUUACUUCCUCAGCCUGGAAGCUUUCCACACCAUCUGGAGAAUUCCUAUGCAUCCCUUAGAACCCUACUCCGACAUUCCGUGAAGACUUCUGCUCCUUCUUGCCUUCCCCAGAGUUGGUCACUUCCCUCUCCCUUGGACUCCCACAGCAUGGCAUAACUAUUGGAUAGCAGAUGCUGCCAUAUACUUUCUUGUUCCUUUGUGUCUGCCUCCCCAACUAGACUGUGAGUUCCCUGUGGUCAGGGACUGAGUCCUGUUCAUUUACGGAUCCUCAGGAUCGAGCCCAGUGUCACUCUUGGAGCAAGUAGGCAGGUGCCCAAUAAACGUUUGCUGCAUAAA